AUGCCGCCACCGGAGAAGGAGUCGAAAGACCGGAAGGAGUCCAAGGACAAGGACAAGUCCAAGGUGCACAAGCUGUCGCUCAAGGGCAGCGCAAAGCUCGUCGCAGAAUUCCGCGGCGUCUACCCGGCCGAGGACUUCAGCCCUGUGAAGAAGUACGGCCUCAACAUGCUCGUCUCGUCGGACGACCAGGUGCGCGCCUACAUCAAGAAGAUCAUGUCGCAGCUCGACCGGUGGAUGGUCGGCGGCAAGAUCAGCAAGCUCGUCAUCGUCAUCACCAACAAGGACACGGGCGAGCACGUCGAGCGCUGGCAGUUUGACGUGCAGAUCAUGGCGCAGCCCAAGAGCUCAUCCAAGAGCAAGUCUUCGUCGUCGUCGGCGUCCAAGGCCGCGGACCAGGAGAACGUGGCCCCGGGUCCUCUUCCAAGCAGCGCACCCUCCGCCGCCGGCGUCAGCGCCUCCUCCUCCUCCCCGCCCCUCGAAAAGACCGAGGCCGAGAUCCAGGCCGAGAUCGCCGCCAUCUUCCGCCAGAUCACCGCCUCGGUCACCUUCCUGCCCCAGCUCGCUGGCGACUGCACCUUCAACGUGCUCGUCUACGCCGACGCCGACUCCGAGGUCCCCGUCGAGUGGGGCGACAGCGACGCCAAGGAGAUCGCCAACGGCGAGCGCGUCCAGCUGCGCGGCUUCAGCACGUCGAGCCACCGCGUCGACACCCUCGUCAGCUACCGCCUCGCGGACUGA